CAAAGUUUGUUCUCUGCAUUGUUAUUCGGUAUACAAUGCAGUAGGUGGUUUUAAAAGUCAGUUGAAGUCAGGACAGCGCGUCAAUUUGAAAGUUUAUUUGGAAGUGUGACAUUUUAGGUGAAAUUUAGAAAAAUAUUGGGGAAUCUAAGUGAUACUGUUAAACGAAGUUCAUUGAAGCAUCUCAUUCAUCAAAAUGGUACACUCGCCGGCUAUAGGUAUCGACCUUGGUACCACUUACUCCUGCGUGGGGGUUUUUCAAGCGGGAAAAGUGGAAAUAAUCGCCAACGACCAGGGCAACCGUACCACCCCUAGCUAUGUAGCUUUCACCGAUACAGAACGUCUUAUCGGCGAUGCAGCUAAAAAUCAAGUCGCCAUGAACCCGAGCAACACCGUCUUCGAUGCUAAAAGACUCAUCGGGCGAAAAUUUAACGACAAAAAGAUACAGGAAGAUCUGAAACAUUGGCCUUUCAAGGUGGUCAAUGAUAGCGGGAAGCCUAAAAUUUUGGUGGAGUUUAAGGGGGAAGUCAAAAAGUUUGCUCCUGAAGAAAUCAGCUCCAUGGUGCUCACAAAAAUGAAGGAAACCGCUGAGGCCUAUCUAGGCAAAUCUAUAAAAGAUUCUGUAAUAACAGUACCAGCAUACUUUAACGAUUCCCAAAGACAAGCAACUAAAGACGCUGGAAUGAUAGCUGGUAUAAACGUUCUAAGAAUCAUAAACGAACCCACAGCGGCGGCCUUAGCCUAUGGUUUGGACAAAAACCUGAGGGGAGAAAAAAACGUCCUUAUUUUUGACUUGGGAGGGGGUACCUUCGAUGUCUCUAUAUUGACCAUCGACGAAGGGUCUUUGUUUGAAGUUAAGUCCACCGCAGGUGAUACCCAUCUAGGCGGCGAAGAUUUCGACAACAGGCUGGUCAAUUAUUUUUCCGAUGAGUUCAAGAGAAAAUUCAAGAAGGACAUCUCGAAGAACCCUAGAUCUUUGCGUCGACUUCGCACAGCCGCAGAAAGAGCCAAGAGGACUUUGAGCUCCAGCACUGAAGCCUCGAUGGAGAUAGACGCUCUGUUCGAGGGUAUAGACUUCUACACCAAAAUUUCUCGCGCCAGAUUCGAAGAACUCAACGCCGACUUGUUCAGGAACACCUUGGAGCCUGUGGAGAAGGCUCUGAAAGAUGCGAACAUGAGCAAGUCGUCCAUUAACGAUGUGGUCUUAGUUGGUGGUUCCACGAGAAUCCCGAAAAUCCAAUCCCUACUGCAAAACUACUUCAACGGGAAAUCUCUCAACCUCAGCAUCAAUCCCGAUGAAGCUGUUGCGUACGGCGCAGCCGUUCAGGCCGCCAUUUUGUCUGGCGAUCAGAGCAGCAAGAUCCAAGACGUCUUAUUGGUCGACGUGACCCCCCUUUCCCUCGGUAUAGAAACCGCCGGUGGGGUCAUGUCAAAAAUCAUCGACAGAAACGCGAGGAUUCCUUGCAAGCAAGCUCAAACUUUUACCACUUACAGCGACAACCAGCCAGCUGUCACCAUACAGGUGUUUGAGGGGGAAAGGGCCAUGACCAAAGACAACAAUAUUUUGGGUACGUUUGACUUGUGUGGUAUCCCACCGGCCCCCAGGGGCACCCCAAAAAUCGACGUGACCUUCGACCUGGACGCCAACGGUAUCCUCAACGUUUCCGCCGUUGAGGAAGGCACCGGAAAGUCCAAAAAAAUCACAAUCAAGAACGAUAAGGGUCGAUUAAGCCAACGAGACAUAGAAAAAAUGCUUGCUGAAGCCGAGCAGUACAAGGAAGAAGAUGAGAGGCACAGACAACGCAUUUCCAGUAAAAACGAGCUGGAAACUUAUGUUUUCAACGUGAAACAAGUCGCCGAUGAGAACGGGGGUAAAAUGACACCCCAGGAGCAGCAAAAAGUCCAAAAGGAAUGCAGCAAAGUUAUUAAAUGGCUGGACAGUAACCAAACCGCUGAUAAGGAUGAGUACGAGUACAAAUUAAAAGAAAUACAAAGAGUUUGUGGACCGAUUAUGAAAAAAAUGCAUGGUGGGGCCUCCGGGGGGCAAGACAAUAGCGCUGGAGGGCCCACCAUAGAAGAAAUGGAUUAAAGGUACUGUAAACAUGAAUAAAACAUUUACAUGAAUUUUUAUUAUUUUUAUUUUAACAAAUAUUCACUACUAGAUGUCCACAAC